GCAGCUGCGUCCGACCGCGGGCAAGAUGGCGGGGAGUCCAGUCCUGCUGGCCGCUGUCUCUGUUCUCUCCGCCUUGCAACAAAGUUAUUUUGCUAUUCAGGUUGGAAGGGUCAGAAAAAAGCACAAAAUCAUACCUCCAGCAGUCACUGGGUCGUUGGAGUUUGAGAGAGCGUUUCGUGCGCAGCAAAACUGUGUGGAGCUUUAUCCCGCAUUCUUGAUUACAUUGUGGAUGGCUGGAUGCUAUUUCAAUCAAGGUUUUGCUGCUUGUCUGGGUCUAGUACACAUCUAUGCCCGUCAGCAGUACUUCUUGGGAUAUUCAGAAGCCGCUGAAAAAAGGUUUUUUGGCUUCCGACUGAGCCUGGUUGUGCUGGCUCUCUUGACUGUCCUGAGCACCCUGGGCAUCGCAAACAGCUUUCUGGAUGAGUACUUGGACAUUGAAGUUACCAAGAAGCUGGGGUGGCGUUUCUAACUGUUUUGUUCCCCUUUUCUGGAAUACCUGCACAUGGUGUCAUUCCUGAAGGUGCUGUGAUGUCACUUGUUGAAUAAAGAUAAAUAAAUACGUAAA